CUAAGAUAGACUUGCGCUCUGGCUACCAUCAAGUGAGAAUAGCCGAGAAAGAUGUACCAAAGACAGCAUUCCGCACAAGGUAUGGACAUUACGAGUUCACUGUGAUGCCGUUUGGUUUAACUAAUGCACCAGCGGUAUUCAUGGAUCUAAUGAACCGUGUAUUCCGACCUUACCUUGAUACCUUUGUAGUGGUAUUCAUUGAUGAUAUCCUCGUAUAUUCAAAAACCCCGGAGGAUCACGAGAAACACUUGAGACUCACAUUGCAAACUUUGAGAGAGAACCAGUUGUAUGCCAAACUCUCAAAGUGCGACUUCUGGCAGGAUCAGGUAGCGUUCUUGGGUCACAUUAUCACCCAAGAGGGCGUAUCCGUAGAUCCAUCCAAGAUUAAGGCGGUGAUUGAGUGGCAUGCACCUACCUCGGUCACGGAUGUAAGAAGUUUCUUAGGUUUAGC